AGAUCAUUAUGUUCAAAUUCUUGAUCUAACCUGGUGUUUAUAGAGGAAGGUGAAGAGGAGGGGGGGGGGGGGGGUCGGUCGUGUGCAAUCUCUUCAGCAAGUUCAGACAACUCCACAUGCUCCUGAUUACAGGCUAAUCAACCGCUACCUACCAUUCACCCAAUCACUGCUGGGCAACACAAAGGUCAAACACCCUUGAAUAAAUUCAUUUAAACCAGAGGCCGCUUUCAAAUGGUUUUUUUUUUUUAUGUGACCAAUUUAAAUCAUCAUUAUGCAGCGGAGAUGGACGUUCUUUCAAGCUCGCUCGCUCGCUCCGAGCCGCAGCGCACUGAUGUGGACCAUAACCACGUGCAGGUUUGAAUGGGACGUGUGAGGGAGCGAUCUCAGGUCUAAAGGCUUGAUGAGGGGGAGAUGAUGGAUGUCCCCCCACUCCGGAACGAAACCACCGCGCGCUAUGAGACUCGCGUGGCCACCUUGUUUCUCCUGUUCAACUGCACGGUGCUAACCGUGACGUUAGUCCUGGGUUUACCCGGGAACCUGUGGGUGUGUUGGGUGGUCUUCAGAACCAAGAGCCUGCAGACCUGCAAUAACGCGCUGCUGGUCAGCUUGGCUGCCAGUGACCUCCUGAAGUGCUCCGUGGACACGCCGCUGCUGCUGCUCGUCGCUCUCCUGCGCUACGGGAAGGGCAGCCGGUCGUCGGCGUCGGCGUCGGCGUGCACCCUGCAGCAGUUCACCUUUGCCCUGUGCAGCUGUGUACAGCUGCUCACGCUGGUCAGCAUCAGCGUGGAGCGCUUCCAGGCCAUCGCCUUCCCUUUCGAGACCGAGAGGAGGAAGGCGAGGGUCCGCCUCUGGAUCCUGUCCAUCUGGGCUUGCGGCCUCGUUUUGGCUGUAAUCUCUCUGAUUCUCCCCGAGAAAGCGCUUUUUCACAUGCGCUGUCGUUCGCGCAUCGGGGGGCGCGGCGAGGAGCCUCUUCAGUAUCCGGAUCCGUUCGGACACUACGUGCUGGUGCCGCUGUGGGGACUGUCCCUGACUUUGAUCGUUACCCACUACAUGCGGAUUUUCAAAGUCGUGCGGCGGCACCGAAAGAAAGUGUUCAACCGGGGAGUCCAGCUGAGGCCGACGGUGUCGGAGCACGCCUGGGGCCGGCUGAGUGACCCCGCCUCGGCGCCGCGGACAGCUCCACGGGGCCCCUUCAAAUCUCUGCCCCCCGUGGUCUCCGGCAGCCCGCUGCCGCCGCGCCGAACGGUGCUCCUGGCGGACGAGGCCGGCUCUCCGGGCGCCCCGAGACCUCCGGAGAUCGUCGGGGCAGUCUGUCUUCUGACGCCCGGGGCCAGGGAGCGGGGCAAGAAACAGAUGGAGGGGAAACUGGCUCAGCGUUUUGGGUACAUUAUCAUUGCGUUCACGCUGUUCUGGGUGCCCAUGGUGGUUCUUUUGCUAGUGAAUGUCAUCUCUUGGCAGGACACUGACAGAUUGCUGACGGAGCUGGAGACAUCAGCCAUGGUGCUGACCUGUAUGCAGGCUGCAGUGGAUCCUCUCAUCUACACUUUAGUCACCCGACAGUUUCGCUCUGAACUCAGCAAGAUCCUCUCCUCCAUCCCAGGAUGUCCACUAAAACCGAGAGCCUGAAGGUUCAAUUCUUUGCUAUCAACAUUUGGGUCACAUGGACUGCAUUAAAAAUACUACUUCAGUUCAAUAAACACAAGCCACUGCCUCGCGUUUAUGCACACACACACACACACACACACACACAGUGAUUCAGAGGCAGGUGAAGAAGAGAGCCCACAGAUUUUGUAUUUGUGGCAGAUAUAGAUGUUUUAUCAGGCGUUUCACAGUCGGGACACAAGACAAGGUCAUACAUAAUAUCCAACACCUGACAAGAUACGCACAGCAGUAGUCUCAACAACGACAGGUGGCAUAGGAGGGCAAAGCAAAGAGUGAGAAGAAAAUUGAGUCAGCCCAGGAAAAAAGACAAUCAAAGGAGGGUACAUAACAGAGAAAUAGAGACAAACACAAUCAAACACAAGACCUCUGUUUUUGUAAAUAAAAAUGCAAUCCUUUUGACACUUUGAGCAGAAAUAUGCUUACAUAAUAAUUCAAACUGUGUCAUUUGGAAAGUGCAGCUGACACAAAACAACCUGCCUUGAAACAGGGAAGCAGGAAAGAAAUCACGUUCAAUCACUGUCCUAGCAACAAAAAAUACAGGGAACCUCACUUCUGCCGUUGCCUAUGUCAUAUCCCUGUUGUAGUUUUCCAUAGAUUCUAAAUGUGGGACUUGAUGCUGUGAAUAUGAAGUCAAUGUCUUUACCCCAGUUUUAGAAUUACAAUGAAGCAGCUCUGACUGUCUGUGCUUGUCUUUUUUACUCCGGGUAAAUUUGCGCACAGUUUGACUAAACACUAACACUGGAUCUAGGCAGCUGUUGUCACUGUGUACAGCACUAAAUCACCAGCCGUAGUACUAGGUCACUGGUAGGAAUAGCCUAUCGGAGGUAAAACACAUCCGGUUCAAACUCAGUAGAAUAUUUUUGGCUUUCUUCGGGUCGACAUUGACCCCGGGAUCAGAGGUGUCUGAUGGACCUUUGGGCCUUGUGUAGUGAUGCACUGAUAUGGUACCAAAUGCUUUAUAUUUCCUCCCAUAUGGGCUGAUAUGAUGAUGAUAUGCGUAAUUGUGAGUCUUAGUACA